AUGGCCGACCGAUUCCCCUCAUUAGACGAGAUUGAUGCUGGCCAAACCGAAGCGCGCGGCGAUGCGGCAGACUUCGAUAUUGCCGGCAACUCCAACGAUGCGAGCAACUUCCUCGACCGUGAACGCGCGCUCCUCGGUGACGAUGCAGACCAGUUUGCUUCGGAAAACGACAGGGCUGCGACUGUUGAGGAUGGCGACGAUGACCUGCUAGGGGGAGACUUCAGCCAGGCCAACGUUGGCAGCCAGGAGAUGAGCGGCUUCGAGAGCUCCUUCCCCGCCAUUGACACGACCAACGAUCACAUGGCUCCUGGUGGCACCAUCACAGGCUCCGGCUUGCCCUUCCUCCCCGGCCAACCAACACCAUCCUUCACCCCACAACGAUCAGACUCACCCGAGCCCGACGUCAUUCGGGAAUGGCGCGAGCGCCGCGACCUCCAGAUCCAGCACCGCGACGAGGUUUCCCACGAGCGCAAGCAGAGGACUAUCCAGGAAGCGCAGCAGAACAUUGACGACUUCUACGAGAACUACAACAACAAGAAGGACAAAGAGAUUGCCAAGACACGGAAGGAGGCGGACGAGUUUCUCGCAAACCGGGACGACACCACCGCAGGCGGUACCAGCUGGGAGCGCAUCGCAAAGCUGGUCGAUCUGAGUGGAAAGGGUACCAAGGGCGGCGCAUCAGGUAGCGAAAAGGCCCGAUUCCGGGAACUACUGCUCAGCUUGAAGAAAGACGAGAAGGCACCAGGUGCCACUGGAUACUAG